AUGGCCGCGGGCAUCGAGAAGUACUUCCAGAUUGCGCGCUGCUUCCGAGACGAGGACCCGCGCGCCGACCGACAGCCGGAGCAUACGCAGCUCGACCUGGAGAUGAGCUUCGUCGAAGAGGACGAUGUGCUCAACCUCAUCGAAGAGCUUUACACGAAGCUCAUCGAAAACGCUGUUCCCGGAGAAGUUUUCGGCAAGACGAUGCUCGCCAGAAGCCUCGCGCGCUCAGCAGGCUGCUCUUUCAAGCGAAUACAGUUCACCCCGGACCUGUUGCCGACUGAUGUGACAGGAGUGUCGAUAUUCAACCAGAGGAGUGGGGAGUUCGAGUUCAGGCAGGGAACAAUCAUAGCGCAGCUCGUGCUGGCAGACGAGAUCAACCGCGCGACUCCGAAGACGCAGUCCGCCACGCUCGAGGCGAUGGAGGAGCGGCAGGUUACGGUCGAGGGCAUAACGCACUCGGUGCCGACGCCGUUCAUGGUGAUGGCUACGCAGAACCCCAUCGAGUAUGAGGGGACAUUCCCGCUGCCGGAGGCGCAGCUUGACCGCUUCUUCGUGAUGAUUUCGCUUGGCUACCCGUCCGCAGAAGAGGAGAUCGGUUAUCAACGGGCAGCAGGUGGCCUCCGAUGA